UCCUGUCUACGGGACUGAAACAGUUCAUUGGGGACUGGUCAUGGACACCUCGGGUGUUAUUCUGCUUGUCCUUCUCCUGGGGACGCUAAACACAGUCCAGUGUCAGUAUGAAGUGUCAAAAUCAGAGGAUUUUGAAGGGAGUAGCCCAAUUGACGAUAUCCCUGAGGAGGAGAAGUACACAGUGUCUGCUCUGAUUGAAAGGGCCAACAAGAAUGCAGGGCAAGAGUUGGAUGAUCCAGAGAUCAUAGAGGGUGAUAUUGCAGUGGACACAGGAUUCCAGAAUGCUGCCCCCUGUACAUCCCGCCGUCACCGCAACUGCAAAUGGUAUCGCUCCAAGGACGGCCGCGUCUAUGUGCCGUACGUCAUCUCCAGCCAGUACUCCUCUCGUGAGAAGGCCAUUAUUGUCAAGGCCAUGAACUCUUUUGCCAAUGCCACCUGUGUCCGCUUCCGACCACGCAAAAGACGUCGCUCCAAGGAUAGAGACUACUUGUACAUCAAGUCCAAAAGAGGGUGCUGGUCCUACGUGGGGCGUAGAGGUAGGCGGCAGAUCGUGUCCCUGGCGCGACGAGGGUGUGUGUACCACCAGGUGAUCCAGCAUGAGCUUCUGCACGCCCUGGGCUUCCACCAUGAACAGGCACGCAGUGACCGUGACAUGCAUGUCCGUAUUCUCUACGAAAACAUCAAGCAAGGAAAAAAAAGGAACUUCAAAAAGAUUAAGACCAAUAACAUGGACACCCCCUAUGACUACGGUUCAGUCAUGCAUUACUCAAGGUCAGUCAUGCAUUACUCAAGGUAUGCUUUCUCCCGCAACAGGCAGCCCACCAUUGUCCCCAUCCCCGAUGCCAAUGUGGCGAUUGGGAGGGCCACCCAAAUGAGCAGCUGGGAUAUUGCCCGAAUCAACCGCCUUUAUGGAUGUGAAGCACCGGUCUUAGUCUAGUACGCCAUUAGGCUAAGCUUAAAUAUUGGUUUUAUGUAUAAUGUUUGUCAUCACACAGCACUGUACAAAAAAUCCAUAAAAUAUAUUUUUAGGUAAUCACUCCAACACACCCACAAACACACUUUUGAAUUAAAAUAUUUAGAAUUCCAGCUUUCAUGCAAAAUAACUUAAAUGCUUAAAGGUACACCAUGCAAGACUUUCACCGUAAUAUAACCUUUACGAAGUGAAUUUGAUAGUAAACAUACUUGUAAUAGGGGAAUCAUUCACCUAGCACAGCCAUACAGCAUAGCCAAGGCGCUAAUGACAGAACCAGCCAUGCAAUUUCAAGAAUAGCCGACCCGAAGACAUCUCACAAGAAUCGUGAAAUCGUCUUUGGAGAUAGUUUUUGCCUGUUGUUAAUCAUUAUCCUCGUUCCUUGUAUAAUUGUUCCCUAUGUUGGUCUGAAGGAAGAGGAAGUUCUUGUGAAAUGGGGUAAUUGCAAAAAUAAAUGCUUUUAGAAUAAA